AUGACAGAGCGAAAGGGCGAGUGGGUAACCCUCACACCCUCAUGCCACCUCUCACUCUCGUCUUAUAUAAGGGUGAUCGCUGGCGUCUCCGAAUCACUUGUCUCUCAGCACGCGAACAAUACAGACAUGAAGUUUCUGGCCAUAGUGCUGGUGAGUGUUUCGGCGGCGGCGGCGGCUCCCCAGGAAGGGUACAACUACCAGGCUCCUACCGGUCAGGGGUCCCAGUUCUCGUCAGGGGCAGGCCAGUUCUCCGGUACCGGUUCUGGACAGUAUUCUGGAGACGGACAGUUUGCUCCGGCGCAGUACAGCUUCCAGUGGGAUGUCAACAAUCAAGCCUUUGGCAACUUCUACGGCCACAAAGAACAGAGGGAAAACGACUACACCGAGGGAAGUUACUACGUGCAGCUGCCCGACGGCCGCCGCCUCGUGGUCGAGUACUAUGCCGACAGCACCGGGUACCAUCCUACCAUCAGCUUUGAGGGAGAAGCCCAAUAUCCCUCCGGACCAGGUCAGUUUGGUCCAGGUCAGGGCGGUGGGCCAGGUCAGUUUGGACCAGGUCAGGGCGGAGGUCAAGGUCAGGGUUACCCCCAGUCUGGUCCAGGUCCGAGCCCCGGAUUCCCUCAGCCGCCUUCACAAUCUUAUGGUCUCCCCUCAAAGUAACUACACAGAAAACGAGGUGCCGAAUAGAAAACGUAUUUAUGUCAUCGAAGAUGAAGUCUCAUUGUCGAACACGCUCUAAAAUAAGCUAGAGCUGAUGUAAUUUUAUAUUUGUUGUUAUAUUUUAAUAAAAGCAAUGCCCAAACACA